GCUCCCGACCUGGGGAAGCCAUGACAGAGGCUGGGAAGCUGCCCCCACCGCUCCCUCCACGACUGGACUGGUUCGUGCACACCCAGAUGAGCCAGCUAACCCGCGACGGGAUCCCUGAGUGGUUUCAUGGGACCAUUUCAAGAGAAGCCGCCGAGAAUCUGUUGGAGUCUCAGCCGCUGGGUUCCUUCCUCAUUAGGGUCAGCCACAGCCACGUGGGCUACACACUGUCCUACAGAGCCGAGAGCUGCUGCCGUCAUCUGAUGAUCAAGCUACUGGAAGACGGGAGCUUCGUCAUCCCCGGCCAGGAGGUGGCCCACGCCUCGUUGGACGCCCUGGUUGCGUUCCACCUGCACAACCCGGUCCAGCGGCACGGGGAAGAGCUGCUGAGCCAGCCCUGUGGGCAGAAGGAUCCAGAAAAUGUGGACUAUGAAGACCUCUUCCUUUACUCCAGUGCCCUGGCAGAGGAACUCUGUAGUGCCAUGCGUGACCCCUGGGACCCCCAGAGAUCUUCGCCCUGCCAGAGGACCACCCCUGAGGAGCCCAAGGACAAAAGGCCCUCAGCUGAGAAGGACCAUGGACCCACGCAGGGAGCCCCAGCUGCCCUUGGGGAGACACGGCACGGACUCUGGAAGAACCUCAAGAUGCUGCCCCAGGCGGGCAAGAGGGUCCAGCAGCAGCUGAAGGCCCAGCUCACGGCCGUCAGCCUCUCGUCCCUCUGGGAUGCCGGGCGACCGGAGGUGACCCAGAACCCCAGGGCCAGGCUGGCCAGCCAAGGGCACCAGGACAGCUCCUCCUCCUCCUGCAGGGACUCCUGCCCGGCCUCACUCCUUAGAAGCCACUCCCAGCCCUGCAGAGACAAACCCGUCUCCUCCGAGAAGGUCACCAGGUCCUCAAGCUGCAGCGAUGCCACGACCAGGGACCGGGGCUGGCACCGUGCACUGGUCAGAGCCCUGUCCUCGCAUGCAUCCAAGUCGGAGCCGAAGGACUCGCAAGAGCCAGAGGACUGGCUCCCUGAGGAGUACCGCCAACCACCACCCUUCGCCCCUGGGUACUGCUGAGGGGUCAUUCUACCUCUCUCAGGGCCCCCAGCACAUACACAAGGGCACCAGUGCCCAGGAGCCUGGGAUGUAAGGCAGGUGUUGGGGCGGGGGCCAGGCAGCAGCUGGCCAUCUCAAUGGACAGAACUCACUCAUGGUGCCACUGGCUGAGGGCACCUGCUGUGCGUGC